CGCCGACUUCCUCGUCGCCCAUCACAUCACCAUCACCAUCACCGACGCUCAUCUCGCUGUCAUUGCUGCUCAUCCGUCCAGCUACAUCAACUGUGCUGUGACAGAGAGCAGUGCAGGCGUCGCAGCCUCGCAGCCUCGCAGCCUCGCAGCCGUGCUUGCUGCAUACAGCCAUCGUCCCUCGCUCCCCGCACCUCCUCUGAUUCGCUACCGCAAUGGCCAAGAUUCCCAGACAUCAUCGUCACCUCUGGCACAGGGCGGCAUCGACGCCGACAUCUUCGAGUAGGAGCGUGGCCGUAUCGCGCAGGGCAAUCGUAUCGACGUACGCCUCUCAGCCGCACACAUCGAGACAUGCGACGCAGCAGCAGCAGCAGCGCGAUGAGGCAGGACCGGCAGGGGCUGAUGAAUGGGAGCUCACAUCUACCGCUGCUCCAGCCUCGAACGAUGUAGACCACCUCGUCGCAUCCACAUCAGCCGUCACACUCGACGACAGGCCUCGAGCAUCGCGGCCCGCUCCAGCAUCAAGGACUGCUCUGUACAGCAUACCAGCGCCAAAGGCCCGCUUCCUGUGGUCAAGCCCCGCCCUCCCCAUCACCUCAUCCUCCUGCUCCUCGUCGCCCUCCCACGCGGCGCCCUUCUCUAGCUCAGCCCCUGCCCGCAUCACGCUGCAAUGGCUCGACCCCAACCCACCGGAGAUAGUUCGUACCUGGUCCCAAUCUCGACGAUCCACUCGGCCUCCUUCCCCGCCAGAUCGUACCCUCCCGCCCGCCGAUUUCGAUUUCGCUCAUCACGACCAGUACUCUAGUAAUAGCUUCUACCUGAGCGAGGCAGACGGCCUGAGUGCCGCAACUUUCGCGGCCAGCUCGAGCUAUCAUGGUGCGAAUGGCGGGAGUGGGGCGAACGGUGGGGGAUCCUCUUCUUCGUCGUCGUCCUCUUCAUCGGAUGGAGGUGGUCAAGCUCCGGGCGAUCUGCCGCCUUCCUUCACGUCCACCACGACAAACGGUCAGCCAGGCCGUACCCAUACGCCCACAUCCCCGCACGACCGGAACCAAGCGCACAGCAAAGCUCCACAAGCUCCCGCCGUCGCGCCCGUCCCACUCCUGGCCUCCUCCUCCCUCUCAAACCCCUCCCACACCAGCAUCGAGCUCUCAACAAGCCCCGCCCAGCCCUCCUCGCCCCGCUCCUUCUCCAUCCAGCACGACCAUUCCCCCCUCCCCCCACUCUACGAGUUCAGGCAUGGCGCCUAUGGGAUUCCGAAGCGACACCCUCUAGCCGCGCAGCAGCAGGCCCCGAAGAAAAGGGGGAAUGCCAACAGCUCGACCGGCAGAGGCGUAUUGGCUGCCGCGGCUGACUUUCUCGCUGGGCCCGUCCCACCACCGCCGCCGCCUCGCCCUUCAUCCUCCUCUGCAGCUCAGCCCCCAAAGAAGACUUCCCCACCCUCAACACAGCCCGCGCGACUUGAUCCCGACACACUCCGCUCAGUCCAAGUAGGCGAGGAUUCCUACUUCCUCCGCUCCGACUCCUUCGGUAUCGCCGACGGAGUGGGCGGUUGGGCGACGCGACCUGGUGCGAAUCCGGCCUUGUUCUCGCGCUUGUUGAUGCACUUUUGCUCCGUGGAGCUGAGCAGAUACGAUGAGAUCAUGGCGCGCAACAAGCAGGGUGAUGGCGUCGCGAGGGGAGAAGAAGAGGCGGCGCUGAGGGCGUUUUGGGAGGUGGACCCGGUAGAGGUGAUGCAUCGCGCUUGGGAGCGUUGUGUGCGAAUAUCGCGACGAGAGGGGAUCCUCGGCUCCUCGACGGCCCUCCUCGCCAUGCUACGUGGCGAUCAGCUGCGCAUCGCCAAUCUGGGGGACUGCGUGCUCCUCAUCGUGCGGCGCGGCCACUUACUCUUCCGUAGUCAGGAGCAGCAGCAUUCCUUCAACUUCCCGGUACAGCUGGGAAUGAUGCAUCAGCGUGGUGGCACCGAGCAGGAUGCGGUAGACCCCGUCGCCUCCCAUGCGAAAUCGUCGACCAGUCCUCCUCCUCCGCCCUCAGCAGCCGCAGCCGACGAAGAUCUCGACUCUGUGGAGCCGGAGUCCCUCCUCCUCGAGCAGCGCCGCAAGCACGACGAAGCUGCCGCCCACGCCUCAGCUGCUGCGCGUCGCUUCGAAGAGGAAGAGGCGCAGCGCGAGCGAGAAGAGCGUCGACGUCGCGCCGAAUUCGAGGGGAAGGACAUGAAGCUCUUCGACGCCGAGCUAGAAGCGGGACAAGCGUUCGACUUUGAUCCUCAAGCUGGCGCGGCGCGCACGGCGAGCAGCCACGCUACCACCGCCGCAGCCACGCAGCAGCAGCAGCAGCAGCAGGGUGGGCUCGAGGAUAGUGUACACAGCACCGGCGAGGGGGAGGCGCGCAGCACUGUGUAUGUAGGUUUCGACGACUCGCACCCCUGGGACGAGCCGCGUCGUGAUUGUGGGAGGUGGACCAUCCAGGUUCAGCGAGGGGACGUCAUCAUUCUGGCAUCGGAUGGGCUGGUGGACAAUCUCUUCGACGACGAUAUACUAGAGGAGGUGCAGCGUUUCGCUCCUCCUGCUGACGAUGUGGAGCAUGAACAGCACGAGGACUAUACGAGCGAUGCGGCGGAGGCGGAGGCUGAGGAGGAGGAAUGGCCUCCGCUCAACUUCUCCCCGCAACUCCUCAGCGAGGCCCUUUGCUCGCGGGCCAAGUCCGUCUCGCAGGACUCCAAGGCCAUUAUUUCUCCCUUUCAGCAACGGGCGACGGAGGAGGGUCUGCCCUAUGUGGGUGGCAAGCACGAUGAUAUUAGCGUGCUGGUGGCCGUCGUUGUUGGUGAGGACGGUGGAGACGGGAGGCGGUUGAGGUUGAGGCGAUGAGGAGG